CCUCGUUGCCCCGGCCGGCAAGGCGGGGCCGCGGCUCCAGGUGGAGGAUAUGAGCUCACUGCCCGGGAUUGCAGGCGGGAGGGCAGCUACAGUCCAGGGGCAGCACGAAGUCGGCUCGCAACCGAAGAGAGGCGCCCUCGAGGACGCGCUGAGAGAAUGAGGUUCUGGCCUCCACCAGCCACCCACCCGUGACCCAUUCCACCACGGCGGGGCCUUCCAAGCCCACCUCCUGCCGUGUGGUAAUCUACCUGCAGCGGGAGAUGUCGGGCGAUACCUGCCUGUGCCCAGCCUCAGGGGCCAAGCCUAAGCUAAGUGGCUUCAAGGGAGGAGGCCUGGGUAACAAGUACGUCCAGCUCAAUGUGGGUGGUUCCCUGUACUACACCACCGUGCGGGCACUCACCCGGCAUGACACCAUGCUCAAGGCAAUGUUCAGCGGGCGCAUGGAGGUGCUGACCGACAAAGAAGGCUGGAUCCUCAUAGACCGAUGUGGAAAACACUUUGGCACCAUUUUGAAUUACCUCCGAGAUGACACUAUCACCCUCCCUCAAAACCGGCAAGAGAUCAAGGAACUGAUGGCUGAAGCAAAAUAUUACCUCAUUCAGGGGCUGGUGAACAUGUGCCAGACUGCCCUGCAGGACAAGAUGGACUCCUACCAACCUGUGUGUAACAUCCCCAUCAUCACAUCCCUGAAGGAGGAGGAGAAGCUCAUCGAAGCCUCCACCAAGCCCGUGGUGAAGCUGCUGUACAAUAGAAGCAACAACAAGUAUUCCUACACCAGCAACUCUGAUGAUCACCUGCUGAAAAACAUCGAGCUGUUUGACAAGCUGUCCCUGCGCUUCAAUGGCCGUGUGCUCUUCAUGAAAGACGUCAUUGGUGACGAGAUCUGCUGCUGGUCCUUCUAUGGCCAGGGUCGUAAGCUGGCAGAGGUGUGCUGCACCUCCAUCGUGUAUGCCACGGAGAAGAAACAGACCAAGGUGGAAUUUCCAGAGGCCCGAAUCUAUGAGGAGACACUCAACGUCCUACUCUAUGAGACCCCCCGAGUCCCUGACAACUCCUUGUUGGAGGCCACAAGUCGCAGCCGCAGCCAGGCAUCCCCCAGUGAAGACGAGGAGACCUUUGAACUGCGGGACCGUGUCCGCCGCAUCCAUGUCAAACGCUAUAGCACUUACGAUGACCGGCAGCUGGGCCACCAGUCUGCCCAUCGGGACUGACAAGACCCUCAGGAAAUCAGGCACAGGAGGCCAUGUCACUCUCCCAAGGAGCCCCACCCCAGUGGCUACCCCCCACUGCUGCUAGCUGGGUCUCUGCUCCAGCACCCAGAGGCAUGACAGGUCCUGCCUGGGAGGACAGAGGGCCAGGGAAGGGGAGAGACAACAUUCCUUUGGCCUGCUCCCCAGAACACGUCAGGGUGACUGAGCCCUGUCUCUGCUCAGCAUCUCCCUGCCUGCCUGACAGGGCGCAGCUUCUGCCCCAAGGGUGAAUAGUCUGACUCACCCACCUCCUGCUAGGAACAUUCCUCUAGACCCUUUGCUGAGGGCCCCUUUCCUCUACUGAAGGGCUACUUAGGCUUCAGCUGAGGCCCAUGGGGAACGGGUUCAUUCUGCAGGAUAGGUGGCUUCUGGUGCUGUGGAGGCCCAGUUUCUUAGAGGGUGGGACUCCUUUUUUUCCUAAGGUGUUUAAGCACAGUCUUGGGUGAGUUUCAUUUUUUAAGAAAAAUAAUCUAGGGAAUCAAUCAUUUGAAGUCUAAUUGUGAAGGGACCGGGUAUUUCUGCCAGCCCUCCAGGGUGCCAAGACCCUGGGUGAAGCAGAACCCUUGGCCCCUCUCUUGAUGCCUUUGGGGUCUGUUUCUUUAAAGCACUUUGAAUUUUUAUCCAGAUUUGUGUUCUGCCCUGACCCAUGUCUUCUUUUCCUGACCCUAGUCCCUUCCUCCUGCAGAAUCAGCCUGAAGGGAGGGAUAAAGAAGAAACAAUUAAAAAAAAAACAACAAAAAACUAUUCAGCUUUGGCUUUGCCAGGCCAGCCAAGCAGCCAGUCCAAGGAGCCCCGAAGAAGGAUGCGUAAGUUGGGAUGUGUGGUCCUAAAGGCAUCUCUGUGAGAAAAUACAUUUAACCUACACAUCUUAACUGACUCCUGGAGUCUACCAUGACUGUUCUUCAUUCUUUUGUCCUGAGUGCCCAUGUCCCUAAGGCAUGCUGUCCUCACUGUAAAGCCAAAGAGCCACUAGAGGGGACAGGAGCAUGGGACAUGGAAGGAAAGCUGAGGGGCCUGCAGGCCCAUCCACCAAGGGCAGCCCCUGGAAAGAGGUGUCACGAGCUCGGCCACACACGCCCCCAUCCCACUCCAUCCAUGCAGUCAGCUAUUGGUGUCCUGGCUGAAUAGUUCUGCUGAGGGGCAAGUCCCCAAGCACAGGAUUACGUGAGCAGCCUUGGUCCCUUGAAGGCCUUCAUACCUUUCUUUUUGGGUAACUUGGCCAUGGAGAUGCCAAGCCUCAGCCCUCAGGCCAGGGUUUGAGUUCCUCUUCAGGCCUUUAGUUUUCAUUCCCUUCUGUUGGCUUGGAGCUUGGGAGGCAGCUCAUUCGUUUCCAAAGGAAUGCCUUCAGGGAGGGUGCAGUUCAGCCAGCCUAAUAAAGCAGCAGUCACUCAGCAGUAUCCCCUCUGCUUGGACAUAGGUUAUCAAGUUCAUCCCUCUUGACUAUUCUUACUGUAGCUAAGAGGCUGCUCAUGGCUGACUCCAUAGAGCCUGGGGGCAAAUGCCAGGCCCUCGCAAGGACCUGAAAUGAUAUGGGGGAGGGGGUGCAUGACCCUUUAAUCAGGCAUUUUACAUUUUAGUGGCAGUCCUGAAUGUAUAAACAAGGUGUCCAAGGUCAGGCACCUUGGUGUUCAGCUACUAGCAGUUCUCCCAGCCCUCACUGGAGUAACAAGACGAGAAUGGAUCCUUUCCUUUGGCCAAAUUCAGGCUUUGGCUUUGUGGCUUUCCCACAGAGACUGGAAUGUUGCAGCCUGAGGCCACUGGCCCUAUUUCCUGUGCUGCCCUCCUGAAGCCCUUUAGUGCUCAAAUUCCCAGCUCCCCACUGAGGUAUUUUAAUGCUUGCCCUUUGACCUCUCCAUCCCCUUCAGCCUGCACCUACUUUGACAUUCAGAUCCUCAGCUGUCUCAAUAGCAACUAGCUUUUCUUCCUGAGAAAGCACAAUAGUCUGGAACUCUGGGUACUUCCCUUUUCUGAUAGAGAUAUCUUAUUGGUCUUAAGAAAAAUUACUAACAUUGAAUUCAAUGACUUUUUCUUAGCUUCUUUAAUCUGACUUUGUGGCUUAAGUGUUUGGGGAAUUUUAGCUUUUAUUUUCUCAAGGUUUCCCAGUCCCAUCCAGAAAGCAGCUCUUGGCUGUCUUGAAUUUUUCAACUCUAAGCAGCCCAAAUAACAAAACAUGGAUGAAGGUCAAAACUUCCUGUGAGUUUCUGAAAAAACUGGAAGCCUGUUCUCAACAUAUCAGUACUGGGUUUUAUUGAAUUUAGUAUUUUAACCAAGGCCUGCCAGAAGGAUGACACAGGUCCUGGCAUAAGAGGAUUUUUCCUUUAUCAUGUAACUGUAACACUUUGUUGUAUGGCUUAGGUCAUGGAAGCAAACACUAAUUUCUAAUAAAAUUGUGUGACACUGCA